AUGUUGACUGUAGCAAGAGUUGCAAUCACUCUCUCACUACUCCUGGUUUUGCUCUCUCUUAUCCAUGAAACUAUUCAGCAGCUGGAAAGUGGAAUAUUUUUAAUAUAUAAUGAAGACCACAAACGUUGUGUACAAGCUCACAGUUCUAGCUCAGUCAGAACUGCCAUUUGCAACCAGGACAAUGAGUCACAAAAAUUCAAGUGGGUCUCUGAUCACCAGCUUUUGAGUGUGGCAUUAAAAUUAUGUUUGGGAGUGCCUUCAAAGAAAGACCAGGUUGCAAUCACUCUGAAUCCUUGCAACAAGACAAGUGAACUUCAACAGUGGGGAUGCAGAAAUGAAACCCUGUUUUCACUUGAAGGAGAAGAUUUAUUUUUUCAUUCUGGCAACCGAGAAGAAGAAAAUAUCAUAGUAUCCAAGGGAGCAAGUGUAAAGAGCAAAUGGAAGAUCUAUGGAACCACAGAUGAUUUGUGCUCCUGGGGCUAUGAAGAUAUCUUUACAUUGCUAGGAAAUGCAAAUAGGGCACCCUGCGUAUUCCCUUUCAAGUUUAAUAGCAAAUGGUAUAGUGAGUGUACAGAUGCUGGCAGGACAGAUGGCUGGCUCUGGUGUGGUACAACCACAGACUUUGAUGCUGACCAAUUAUAUGGAUUUUGCCCACUAAAAUUUAUUGGCUGUGACACUGAAAGAUUUUGGACUGCAGAUUCUUUGACAGGUUUCCACUACCAGAUAAACUCCCAAUCAGCUCUAACAUGGCACCAAGCAAGGAAAAGCUGCCAGGAACAGAAUGCAGAAUUAUUAAGCAUCACAGAGAUACAGGAGCAAACAUACCUGAGAGAGAUAACUAAAAAUAUGGAUUCUGCUCUCUGGAUUGGAUUUAACAGUUUGAAUUUCAACUGUGGAUGGCAGUGGAUUGGUAGCAGUCCUCUCAGAUAUUUAAACUGGGCUCCAGGAAGCCCCUUUCCAGCCCCUGGUAAACUCUGUGCCAUGCUGAAUCCCAGAAAAGCUUCUAAAUGGGAAAACCAGGCAUGUAAUCAGAAACGUGGCUAUAUUUGUAAAAGGGGAAACUUCACUUUAGAGUCUCUCAAUAUGCCUUCAGAUCACUUUGGGUCUAUUAAAUGCCCAGAUGGGUGGUUGCCAUACUCAGGUCACUGUUACAUGAUUCACAGAGAGCCCAAAGUAUGGAAAGAAGCUUUGACUUCAUGUAAGACACAAGAUGGAAAUUUGGCGAGUAUGCAUAAUAUUGCAGAGAACAGCUUUAUUAUUUCUCAGCUUGAUUACAAGCCAACAGAAGAGCUGUGGAUUGGACUGAAUGCCCGUAAGAUUCAAAUGUAUUUUGAAUGGAGUGAUGGGACUCCUGUGACAUAUAUUAAAUGGCUAUGUAGUCAACCCGACUAUGCAAACAGACAAGAAGAUUGUGUUGUUAUGAAGGGACAGGAUGGAUAUUGGGCAGCUAACCUUUGUGAAAGGAAACUUGGUUAUAUCUGCAAAAGAACACCUUUACCACAAGCUCCUAGGGAAGUGGAGAUCAUCGAUCCAGGCUGCCAGAGAGGCUGGAAAAGGCAUGGUUUUCACUGCUAUUUGGUUGGACACACAUUUGUAACAUUCUCGGAAGCAAAUAAGACAUGUGAAAGGAGCAAUGGUUACCUAGCUACUGUGGAAGACAGAAAUGAACAAGUCUAUCUGAUUAGUCUGACUGGGCUAAGGCCUGAAAAAUAUUUCUGGAUAGGGCUUUCAGAUGUAGAGGAACAAGGGACUUUCAAGUGGACCGAUGGUGAAGCAGUUCUGUUCACUCAUUGGAAUUCAGCAAUGCCUGGAGGAAAGUCAGGCUGUGUUGCCAUGGAAACUGGAAUUGCAGCUGGAUUAUGGGAUGUUCUUAGUUGUGAGAAGACAGCAACAUUUCUCUGGAAACAGUGGGCUGAGGGUGUGACACGUCCUCCGAUUCUGUGCCCUGAAGGCUGGGAUUCAAGCAAUUAUAUUAGCUCAUGCUUCAAAAUUUUUGUGAGAGAAGGAAACCAAAAGAAAUCAUGGUUUGAAGCAGAAGAUUUUUGUAGAGAAAUAGGAGGACACUUGAUCACUAUCAACAGAAAAGAAGUAAAGCAUGUAAUAUGGCAGAUGGUUCUGGACAAAGGAUUUAUCUUUCAGCAUUUCUGGAUGGGUUUGAUUUACUUGAAUUCUGAUGAAGGAUAUACCUGGAUUGAUGGCUCUCCAGUGAUUUAUGAAAACUGGAAUGAAGAAGAACCCAGUAAUGACAAAGGAAUUGAACAUUGUGGAAUGUUUGAGGGAAGUCCAACAAUGCAGUGGAAUAACUUGUAUUGUGAACGCUUACUUAAUUGGAUUUGUGAAAUAAAAAAAGGCAUACCAUUAAAACCUGAACCAAGUACCAAGUUUGAUUAUAAAGUCACUGAUGAUGGAUGGGUUAUCUAUGAAGACAAGCAAUAUUACUUUAGCACAGAAAAUGUCCAUAUGGCGAAAGCUUGGGAUAUUUGCAAGAAGAAGUUUGCAGAUCUUGCUGUCAUUGACAGUGAAAGUGAAAGGAAAUUUCUGUGGAGAUAUAUUUACACUAAAAACAGAAUGAAUUCAUAUUUCAUUGGCCUAACUGUCAGCUUUGAUCAAAAAUUUAGCUGGAUGGAUGGAACCCCAGUGAACUAUGUAGCCUGGGCCCCAAACGAACCCAAUUUUGCAAAUAAUGAUGAAAACUGCGUGGUCAUGAACAAAGAUUUUGGCUUUUGGAAUGACAUAAACUGUGGUAUUAAAAAUGCCUUUAUCUGUGAAAGGCACAACCGUUCUACUCACUCAGAAUUUGCUCCAACAGCACCUUCUCUGGGAGGAUGUCCUGAAACCUGGCUUUUGUUUAAUAAUAAGUGUUAUAAAAUAUUCGGCUCCAGCGAAGCAGAGAGACUGACUUGGCAUGCUGCACGAAACACUUGCAUAAAGUUAGGAGGAAACCUGGCUUCUUUACAUAACGAACAAGUGCAAGCCUUCCUCACCUUCCAUUUAAAGGAUGUCAUGGCUGAAACCUGGAUUGGACUGAAUGACAUUAACGAGGAGGACUGUUAUCUUUGGACAGAUGGGAGUUUAUUUGACUAUGCAAAGUGGGCCAUGAAUUUCCCAUUUAGAGAUCGUUACAUACGUGUUGACUGGACAUUUAUUACACAGGAGACUGACUGUAUUGCAAUGAUGAAGAGAUCGGUAGGAGAGGAAGGGAACUGGGGAAACAAUGAUUGUCAGCAGAACAAUAGCUAUAUUUGCCAGAUGGACAGCAACACUGAUUUAUUUCAUUCCCCAGCAAUUCCAACCUCAGACAUUAUUCAUUAUGGUAACAGUAGCUAUUCAAUUGUCCGCUCCAAAAUGAAUUGGGAAGAGGCACGAAACAACUGCAAGGAAAAAUCUUUAGAACUUGCCAGCAUUUUGGAUCACUAUAGUGCUUUACUCCUGUGGUUAUAUGUGUUGCAGUUUGGAGAGCCUGCAUGGAUUGGUCUCAACAGCAAUGUGACUGAUGGCUAUUACAAAUGGACCGAUAACAGGAGAAUCAAGUAUUCUAAUUGGGCUAGAAGGGAACCAAACCAGAAAAUAGCCUGUGUCUAUCUAGACCUUGAUGGAACCUGGAAGACAGCAUCUUGUGGUGAAAAUUAUUUCUCUGUCUGUAAACAGUCUGAUGUUAUAGCUCCUACUGAUCCUCCACAACUCCCUGGGAAAUGUCCUAAAUCAACAAACCACAUAUCUUGGAUUCCUUUUUGUGGCCAUUGCUACUUCUUUAAUGCCCAUAGUACCAGCCGGGCUGAAUCCUUUACCGAAUGCAUUCGAUUAGGUGCUACUUUGGUUUCAAUAGAAGAUUUAGCUGAAUCCAAAUUUCUAGCAGACACUAUAGAGCCACAUAAAGGAGGGACAAGUGGGUUUUGGACAGGAAUAUAUAGAAAUGUUGAUGGGUUGUGGUUAUGGCUAGACAAAACUGCGGUAGAUUUUGUCAACUGGAAUAAAGGACAGCCUUCAAGUAAUCAGUUUGAGUACUGUGUGGAAAUGUCUACGUCCUCUGGGUACUGGAAUACCAUUCCCUGCUCUUCCCAAAAGGGGUCCAUUUGUAAGAAACCAAAGAUGAUUGAAGCUCAACCAAGUGAGAAUCUAAUAACUAACAAAGAAGCACCUGCCCACAGCACAAUUUGGAUUCUAAUUAUUCUGGUCCUUAUUCUAGUUGGAGUGGGCCUCACAACCUAUUUCUUAUUCAGGAAAAAAAGACAAAAUAAACUACAAACAGAUGCCGGCUUCAAUAAUGUGCUAAUAGAACACAGAGAUACUGUAACUGAAGUGAGUGACCCAAAGGAUUCUGUGGACAAGAAAGAGCAAAAUGAACACACUGUCAUCUAGUGUGAUAAAAUAACUGAAUCGCAUGUCUGAUUUUGAGGAAAAAAUUAUGUAACUGGAAUGUUUUGAGCUCCACAUAUUUUGUAUACCUACUAGCUGAGGAAAUUAUCCCUUUUGUAAUUUUGAAAAAGUCCUCGAACAAUUUCACAGGAGGAAGACUUUUGAACAUAUACAGUGUGACUAACUAACAAGUAGGGCAAAUAGACAACUGAAGAAAAUUAAAAUGAAACACAUAGCUGUGUGAAUUAACACGCAGGCAUCUUUGGUUUUUAGAGUCUUGCAUCACCAUUACCCAUAAAGAGUGUCAAGACAGCUGAAUAGUGAGAAUUCUCUCAGCAAAGCAGGUAUCCUAUAAAUGUCACUCGAGAGAUCCAGCUGUUUAGACUAUACAUCAGUUCAACCUUUAAAAGACUGUAGUGUUAUUUCAGUCAAGAUAACUUUGAUAUAUAUAAUUUUAUAUUAAUUUAUAUAUAUAAAUUAGAUAUAUAAAAUAGAUCACAAUAAUCUUACUUUCACACAAAUUGUUUUACCCACUUUAUUAGUUCAGUAUUAUAAUCUUAGCUUGUGACUUUGUAAUACGAUUUCUGUAAGCUAAUCAAAUGUUUGUCAUGUGUGGAUUAAAAUAUUUUUCUCACAAUAUAUGAAUAGGUGAAAGUCAAAUGUAAAUGGUUUUCCCUCAUUCAUACGUUCAGUUUCAGUUUUGUAAAAUAAAUAGGGCUGUUUAUUUUGCUACAGGCUUACAUUUUUAUAAGAUUCUAUGACUAUGAAUGUUUUUGUAUCAGCUUCAAAUUAACAACAUUAAAUAUGUAAACAAAAUGAUCUGUUACUUAGAUAAGCAAUGAUGAGCUUAGCAUGCAGAGAUGCUGAUCAAAUGAAGCAUUAACUUGUGAAAUGGAUUGGCUGAAACUGUGGGGGAACAAUAAAGUAUCUACAA